GUACAACGUUCAACGGGGUUUCCCAGUGGGCGUUUCCACAGAACAAGGAAGGAAGACGGAACAAGAAAGUAAGGCAGACGGAAUUCAAACUCACAACACACAGGAUGGACCACAUUCCCCGUCUAUCAGAAGCUGUCUAUGUGGGAAUGUGUCGUGAAGUGGGAACUCCUUCUGAAGUGAGAAUCAGGAGGGACGUGGUGGACACCGGGGAGGAGGUGUGUAGACCAGUGAAUAUACUGAGGGGAGUACAGAUCAUGAGGAGUGGCAGUGAUCGUGAGGGAUUUAGACUGAAAACAUCAGACAUAGAUGAGAUGUUCUGGUCACAAGAUCAUAAAGUGAUCUGUGAUCUCUCUCAGAUCAGUCUGUACCGUAUCCCACAACACACCGUCAUUCUGAUGGAGUGGGAAGAUCUUCCACCGGGAUUUACCAGACUGAAGCUGCUCACUGAUUCCUAUGAUGCUGAUGUGAUAUCUUCGUGUGUAAAUCGAAAUGGAGAACAGUAUAUUUCUAGUGAGUUGUUUCGAGAGGCUUUUACCGAGUUCAAUAGAAGUAGGGCUCCUGCAUUUCAGUCCUGUGUACAACAUGGACCCUGUGCAUCUUUUGUCUUUGGAACACAGGAAGUUGACAGUGCUUUCUGUUUAGGGUCCGAUCACUGGCCAACAUUAGCUGCACCAUGGAUAGAAAGAUGCCGACAGAAACUCUGGCCAUCUGAUGAUGUUUUAGAUGAUAUUGUACGCUCCGGGUCCCAUGUCGUACCCAUAGGUAGUGAACAUAACAACGGUGAUGAAUGGAGAAUUUCGUUUUCUCAAGCAGAGCAAAAACUAGUUUACUCAAUGAACCACGUCCAGUUCUUGUGUUACGGACUUCUGAAGAUAUUUCUCAAAGAAGUUAUCAAUAAUCCUAUUCUGUGUUCAUAUUUCAUGAAAACAAUUCUAUUUUGGGUUAUCCAGGAAGAUGCCUCCUUGACAUGGACACCGGGUUAUUUAUUGUCAAAUUUUUGGCGGUGUUUUAAAUUGCUUAUUUUCUGGAUACAAAGAGCUGAAUGUCCAAACUUUUUUAUUCCCCAAAACAACAUGUUUAGAGUGAAAGUGACAGGGGCAGCCCAAUCUUUAUUGUUUGAUCAGGUUCAUAACUUGUAUUGUUAGGGGAUAGCAUGUCUUUUAUUAAGCCCCACAAUAAGACCCUACCUCAAUAGAGCCAUAUUAAACAAAACACUGGUAAUCAAAACAGAUGAAGACAGCAUGAUAUCCCCUGUAAAACUAGACAUACAUAUUUUUAGUGAAAUAUUUAAAUUUGGUUGUCAUGUAUUAGAUAUAAAACAAUUUGCGGCUUACAUGAAA